AUGGAAGAAGUAUGUCCCAUUUGCUCUAAACCUAUACCAAAAUUGCUACUAGAGCGACACGUCAACAGUUGCUUGGAUACCCAAGAGGUGAAGCCUGGUGCUGACAAAUUGAGUGCCUCUAUUGACUUGAAAGUGAAGAAACGCGAUGCUUUUAGCGCCCUCGGAUUGAAGGCGUCUACAGAUGUGCCAGUAUCUAAGAAGAAGAAACCAACUCAAGAGGUGAGAAGUACCCCAGCACAAGGACCGAGCUGUGUGGAAGGCUCUACGCCGAAACAACCUACUGAAAAUUACGUAGAGAACAAUCACCUGUCUCAACCACAAAUUCCCCAGAAUGAUGUUUCGAAAGAAAUUGCGGAGCUAAAAAGACAAGUUGGAGUCCCACUAGCACAUAUGAUACGACCAAAGGCGUUGAAUGAUUUUAUUGGGCAGGAAAAGUUGUUAGGCGAAGGUGCACCAUUAAGAAAUAUAAUCAAGUCUGAUUUAAUCCCGUCUUUCCUACUAUGGGGACCACCAGGAUGCGGUAAAACCACUUUAGGAAGAAUUAUAGCAAAAUCAACAAGCUGUAAAUUUGUUGAGCUUUCCGGUGCUAGCAGUGGAGCAAAGGAUUUGAAGCAAGUAUUUACACAAGCCGAAAAUCACAAGAAGCUAACACAACAACGCACUAUUCUUUUCAUAGAUGAAAUUCAUCGAUACAAUAAAGCAGUACAAGAUCUACUUCUUCCAGUGGUGGAAAAAGGUGUUUGUACGGUAAUUGGGGCUACAACUGAGAAUCCAUCUUUUUCUCUCAACAAUGCAUUAUUGUCAAGAAUGCAAACUUUUGUUAUGGAAGCAUUCAGCAACGAAGCUAUUGUGAGAAUCUUGAACAGGGCUCUUUUUGAAGUCAACAGAGCACGCAAACUACUAUAUGAUUUGCCGUACAUGACUCUCGAGAAGGAUUCUUUUGAGUAUAUUGCCGGGUUAUGUAUGGGAGACUCACGUGCCGCUUUGAAUGUUCUUGAAACUGUAAAUGCAUACUUGUCCGCUGAUAGGUUUGAGGAAAAGUCAGAUGAUGGUGCUGCAGUGAAUGUCACUGUUGAUGAUCUCAAAAAAAUACUAAAGUCUAGAAACUUUCACCAGAUGUACGACAAGGACGGUGAUGCGCAUUACGAUAUCAUUAGCGCGUUCCAUAAAUCUAUUCGAGGGUCAGAUGCCGAUGCUGCUAUGUUCUACUUGGUCAAAAUGUUGUCUGGUGGGGAGGAUCCUUUGUUUAUUUUGAGAAGAAUGACAGUCAUAGCUAGUGAGGACAUUGGCCUCCGAGAUAGCUCAUGCCUUCCAUUCAUUGUUGCCGCCAAGCAAGCUUUUGAGUUUGUGGGGAUGCCAGAGGGUGAGAUCAUAUUGGCACACUGCACAACAAAGCUUGCUCGAGCGCCCAAAUCUACAAAAUCUUAUCGUGCAUUGAGAUCUGCUCAAAAGUUGAUUAGCGAAAGACCAGAUGUGCUUCAAUUACCUGUUCCCAUCCACUUGAGGAAUGCACCGACUCGCUUGAUGAAGGAUAUGGGCUUCGGGGAUGCAUACAAGUAUAAUCCCAAUUAUGAAAAUGGUGUUGUUCAACAGUCUUAUUUUCCCGAUGGCAUGGAUCGCGUUACCUUCCUCGAAGAUACACAUCUAGGCACUGCUAGGGAUCCAGAUGUCCCCAAUGAGAGAUAUCAACAGGAACAAGCUGCAGUAGAUGAUUACAACGAUUAUAAGCAGUAUGUAGAGGAAAAAGCCCGACGCAAACGAGAAUUGGAGAAAAGUGAGGAUUUAAAGACAACAAUGGCGUGCUCACAAAGCAACAGUGACACUGAGUGUGAUGAAGCAAGUGAUUACUCGGACGAUCCGGAUUGUAAUAACAAUUUUGGAAAGUCUUAUGAUGAAUUUUUGGAUAGGGACUCGCAACCGGAUUAUUUUAGUGAUGAGCUUAAAUCUCUACCUUGA